CGACCUGCAAUUUCCACAAAGUUUGGAUGGAUAUGCAAUAGUCGAGCCCAGCCUACUUCCUGACAUGGAAUCAUUCACAGUCUGUUUUUGGAUCAAGUUAAUGACAUAUUCAGGGCCGCUAGCGCCAACAACGACUCUGUUGUCUUACUCUACCAGUAAAUACAAGAAGGCUUUUCACUUGGAGACAAAACGGACAACCAUUACGAUAGAUAUUUACAUGGAUGAUAAUAACCUCCUCUAUCUAAGGUUACCAAAUAGCCUUAAACUUGAAGAUAAAAGUUGGCACCAUGUCUGCAUCAUUUGGUACCAAACACUUCCUAUACCUAUGACUGGUUUCUACUUUGAUGGUACUCAUGUCCUAACGUCACGGGCUUUCAGAGCAGAUAAAGGUCUCAAAGGAGGCGGAACUUUGGUGCUUGGUGCUCGGAGGGAUGGGUCUGGUGAGUUCGUUGAACGUUUAAACGGAAGUAUGAGUAACUUGAAGAUCUGGAAUAGAGAACUGACUGCACAAGAGAUAAGUAAAGUACAUGGCAGCUGCGACUUUACCAGAGGAAAUGUAUUCAAUUGGUGUGAAAACGUGAUCGCCCCAAUGCUUCGAAAAGGCGUUAAAAUUGUGUCACCCUCUACUACAUGCAUUUCCAGUUUACAUGGGGAAUCGACCUUUACGAGACAAGAGAACUUCAAACUAGUAGGACAUGUGGUUACCCAAAAGUCAGUGAGGGACGAGUUCACUUGCGCAUUGCUCUGUUUACGAUCUUGCAAUUGUCAGUCAUUUAACCUCUUCAAACAGGACGAGGACCAGUUCCUAUGUGAGCUGAGCAGUGCGACAGGCAAACAGCACCAAGCUGAUCUUAUCUUAACCCAAGAUAAAGAUGUUACAUAUCAUGCCAUGUUGUACGACUGAGUGGCAAUGCUAAUACCUUUCUUCCCUCUUAGAUAUAGACAGAUUUACGAUUGGGUGUAAGAAAAAAACAUAGUAAAAACAAUGGCCAAUGAGAACGGAGGAAAAUAUCACAAACAGCCUUUUUGAGUCAAGACAAUAAAGGACACCCAUGCAGACUAAUAAGUUCAAAGUUUUGUCAAUUAACUUUGCCUCUUUACUUUAUUUGGCCCCAAACAGAGCCAAUGAUUCGUAGGUUUGUAGCUUUGGUCAACCAUGCAGCUAUUAAAGCUUCUUGUUCGCUAA